AGGGAGGCGAUGCGGCGACGAGAAACGAAGAGGAAACUGAACGCGCGUCACGGCACGGCACGAGAAUCUGUGCUCCUUCUGUUUGUCUGAACGUUAGCUCAUCCCGCGUGCUUUCUUUAUUCACGGAUACUGAACGACCCGCGCGCACACACACACACACACACACACACACACACACACCGGGAGAACAGGCGGAGAGAGGGAUCACUAUGGCGACGUUGGGACCGGAGUCCGCCCGUCCCCCGCUGUCCCAGCUCGGUUCUUCUCCGUCGAUCCAGAAUCACCUCGGCGGCGCCAAUAACCUGCCCCCGAACCGGGGCUUGGAGCGCGCGCUGGAGGAGGCAGCGGCCAGCGGGGUGCUCAACCUCAGCUCCCGCAAACUGAAGGAGUUCCCCCGGACGGCCGCAAACCACGACCUGACGGACACCGUUGAAGCAGAUUUAUCAAAAAACAGACUGACAGACGUCCCCUCGGAGGUCACACACCUGGUUGCCUUGGAAACACUAAACCUGUAUCACAACUGCAUCAGGACCAUCCCAGACAGCCUGAUCGGCCUGCAGUCACUCACGUCGUUAAACCUCAGUCGUAACCAGCUCUGCGCUCUGCCCGCCUGUCUGUGCGGUUUACCUCUGCGAGUCCUCAACGCCUCCAACAACAAGCUGGUGAGUCUGCCGGAGAGCAUCGGACAGCUGCACAGACUCAUGGAGCUGGACAUCAGCUGUAACGAGAUCACGGCUCUUCCUCGUCACAUCGGCCGACUGAAAGCUCUGAGAGAGCUGAACGUCCGCAGGAACCUCCUCUGUGUCCUGCCAGAAGACCUGGCAGAUCUUCCUCUGGUGAAGUUUGACUUCUCCUGCAACAAGGUGUCCACCAUCCCUGUGUGUUACAGGAAGAUGAGGCAGCUGCAGUGUCUGCAGUUAGAGAACAACCCUCUGCAGAGCCCGCCUGCACAGAUCUGCAUAAAGGGAAAAGUUCACAUCUUUAAGUAUCUGAGCAUCGAGGCGUGCCGCAGCGAGAAGAUGCCCGACUCGCUCUACCUGCCCGUCAUCGAGCGACUCAGCCUCCACAGACCCACCGCCGGCAGUGUGGAGGACAUGGAGCUGCAGAAGAAGCAGGACAGCGACUCAGGAGUCGGCAGCGACAACGGAGACAAGAGACUGUCUGCUACUGAGCCGUCAGAUGAGGACAGUCUGAGUCUGAACGUGCCGAUGAGCCACAUCACAGAGGAGGAGGGGAUCAGUAAAGACGACUCCAGUGAACACAUCAGCUCGCUCACAGCCGACACAAACUCUGACUCCGUGCGUCUGAUUGAGGAGAGUCCUACGGAGGCCCUGAGGGACCAAUUCAGCUACAGAGACUCUUCUCUCAGCACGCGAUUCGUCAACUACAUCAAGGGUCGGACAGCAGCAGACUUUGACGAGCCGCUCAGGAUAGAAGAAGAUUCACACUGGACCACAGAACAAAUGUCAAAGGUCAGAGGGGGCACAGAGCUCCACAUCGACAUGAUCAACCAGCUGAAGGAGGCUGUGGAGCUGCUGCAGGACCCCAGCAGGGUUAACGACGAUCUGUCUGGAGUUCAGCUCUAUCCCGUGGAAAUGGUCAACGUGGACGAGUCGCUGAAUGGGCAGGACAGUGACGAUGGCAUCACCACACCAAAGAGAGAUGACAGAUCUCCACUCAGCGGACAUCCAUCCUACCACAGUCCUGUGUUUGGACUGAAGCCACGAUCAGCCCCACCCUCGCUGCCCUCCUCGCCCCCUUCUUUCUGUCUAGCCUCCUCCCUCCUCUCACAGGCCUCGCUCCUCCGUAGAGAUACAGCUCGUAGCCAUGACGACGGAGGCUUGCACAGUGGCGUGUUCCUGCGGAGCCACAAGAGUCUGGAGUCGGUCGACCCUCAGUUCACGAUGAGGAGAAAGAUGGAGCAGCUGAAGGAGGAGCUGGAGCUGAUGGAGCAGCUGAGAGACAGCAUCGAGAGCAGGCUGAAGGUCGCCCUUCCUGAAGACCUCGGAUCGUCUCUGAUGGACGGCGUCGUGCUCUGUCAUCUGGCCAAUCAUAUCCGCCCGCGCUCAGUGGGCAGCAUCCACGUCCCCUCGCCUGCAGUGCCCAAACUCAGCAUGGCAAAGUGUCGGAGGAACGUGGAGAACUUUCUGGACGCCUGCAGGAAGAUCGGCGUGCCAGAGGAUAAACUGUGUCUCCCCCAUCACAUCCUGGAGGAGAAAGGUCUGGUGAAGGUCAGCGUCAUGGUGCAGGCUCUGUUGGACAGGGGCUCCCCUCAGCACGCCUUCCUAACGUGAGCUACAGCGACGCACCGCCACGAGAAACAAACCCCACACAUGGAGCGCCUCUGUGCUCACUCUGCAGCCCUCUCAGUGACACACUGUGUGACAAGAUUUAAGGAUGCAAAACGGUGUUAAGGGAACUCAAGCAGUCAGGACAUUACUGAUUCACAAAUUAAUCAGUUUUUAUGAGUUUAUUAACGAGUCAGGACGAUGCUGAGCAGAAUCUGAUUGGUUCAUUUCUCAUCAUCAAUGUUUUUUUUAUUACUUUCCAAAGGCCGUGAGUGAAAAUUAACCUCAUUACUUCAGCUUCACAAAAGAGACACAAACUGUCAGAGAAAGGAAACAAAACAGCCUGUUAGUUCAAUCUUCAGUUUUGUCUUUCAGAAAGUCCUGAACCUGUUUGUGUCAAGAUUCAGGGGAGUAAUGGAGUGGCUGUGAGAGCAAACAAAAAAAGGCUCAAAGUCAGAAAAUGUCACAAAAAGAAAGUUUUAAAUAUUUCAGAUUUUAGUUUUGAUUUAGUCUGAAAAAUUAUAAAAGCCGUACAAAACAUGUUAGGACCAAUUUUAAAUCUGUUUAUAAAUCUAUUUUUAUUUGUGAAAUGCCAAUUUAUUACAAACAUUUUCUCAAAACACUUUAUAAACUGAGCAGAUGGAGACCAUUGGUUCCCCACUUGGAGUCCGGGGCCCCCCAGAGGUGGCGCCAAAGAUCUCUGCACAUAUUAGCUAAAAUCAUCAAUCAAUCUUUAUUUGUAUAGAGUCAAUUCAUAACAGAAGUUAUCUCAAGACACUUUAAAAAAAGAGCAAGUAAAAUACCUUACUCAUUGAUUUAUUAUCUGUAAAGAACCAAUCAUGAGCUCUAAAUAACAUUUAGCAAAGUUACAGUAGCGAGGAAACUUCCUUUAAAGGUCCCAUAUUCUGCAAAAUCCACUUCACCAUGUUUCUCUGACACUAAUAUGGGUCUCUAGUCUGUCUACAAACCCCCCAAUGAUGAGAAAAGUCCAUCCUCUCCGUCUUCUGCCUGCUCCACUUUUCAGAAAAUGUGUGGUCAAACAGGCCGUUUGGAGAUUUUCCCUUCAUGAUAUCAUAAAGGGCAGUAACCCCGCGCCCAGGUGGGUGACACUCCCACAGCUGGGUGUUUGUUCUGCCCUCUGAGUCUGCCUUCUCACCGUAAACAACAGGACAUGGACCGAGAAAGCCCAAACCGCUUUGGGGGUCAGACACAGCUCAUUUACAUUUAAAGGUACAGACACAGAAACAGCCUGUUCUGAGCAGGGCUGAAAUAGAGGGGUUUAUAGACAUGAUCAAAUACAGGAUCAGAGUGGACUUCACAGACAUGUUUUAAGGAGCUCUGAGACUUAUUUAAACUGGUUGAAGAGGAGGAGAAUAUGUGACCUUUAAGAGGCAGAAACCUCAGCCAUAUCGAAGUCUAUAAUUCUGGUAUCAGUCUAAAGAUCCAGUAGGUUUUGCUCCUCCCUGAAGCCUUGAUAUCCACAAACAGGUACAGGGACGCUUUAACAUCAGUUCUGUGAGCGGCAGGUUGACAUGUUUCUGUCAUGCAGUCUUAAUGAUCAGUGAUUUAUCUACAGGUUAGAGAUCUGCUCCUCCUGAGGCUGCAGCUCCAAACUUUCUGCACUGUGUGAGUAACAUAAACCCAAAUAUGCAUUCUGAACCUGGAGGGAGACUUUUCACACCAUUUGUAUUUAAACUUAAAAAAGGUAUUUAUAAUAUAAAGAGAAGCGGUUUGAGUUGUUGUAAACAUUGAAAAAAAAAAAAGAAUAUCCCAAAAAUAUUUUUCUCUAAUAUAUUUUAGGUAUAACUGUGUCUGUUUUUUAAAGUUUUACUAAGACUGUGUGGAGCUCUCUGCACGCCCGACCCAUGUCUGAGUCGGUUUUUGUCUCGACAGGUGUCCAGGUCUAAAGCUCUGUUUGCUCUUUUUUCUCACCUGGGAUCUGUUGACGGGUUGUUUUUGUUGGGGUCUGGAGGUUUUUAUGACUUUUUCAGUGUUCUUACUUCAGCAGUUUCUGCACACUUUGGUUGUUUCUUCAAGAGAUUCAGUUUGUUAUUGUGCCAAAACACAAGAGGUGUUAAAGGAGGAUUUAGAUAUUUUUUUUUAAACUGGGACCAGUAGUUUUAUGUUCUGGGGGUUUUUUCUCCGGUAGAUUUCUUCAUCCUGUGGCAGAGAAUCAGGCUGUAAUGUCUGCAACAUAAUCCUUCAUGUCCAGUUUUUUUUUAAAUAACAGAAUGCUCCUUUAACUCACAUCAGCCACAGAUCAAAAAACACACUGAGCUUUACAUUUUACACUCCACAUCUUCUGCACAGCUGCUUUCUUUACAUGUACAUAUUGUCCCCCAUCAGCUUCCGCACUCCGAGACACUUGCUUGAUAUCAGAAUUGUGUUUUAGAUGUUUAUAUGCGAGGAUGAGGAGGGUGCAGAGUCGGUGAGGAGGAGAUCUUACACAGCUGCAGCUACGACAGCUCAGAAAACAAAUAUUCAAGCAGUUUAAACACUACGAGUUAAGGCAGCCUGCACUCUGUGUGUGUGUGUGUGUGUGUGUGUGUGUGUGUGUGUGUGUGUGUGUGUGUGUGUGUGUGUGUGUGUGUGUGUGUGUGUGUGUGUGUGUGUGUGUGUGUGUGUGUGUGUGUGUGUGUGUGUGUGUGUGUGUGUGUGUGUGUGUGUGUGUGUGUGUGUGUGUGUGUGUGUGUGUGUGUGUGUGUGUGUGUGUGUGUGUGUUAGAGCUGCAGCUGUGUGAGACUCUGUAACUCAGGGUGGAUUUACUACACUGAUGAUGCUUCAUACCACAACCUGCUACGUCAGCACUGUGUGUGCGUUAGAGAGUGUGUGUGUGUGUGUGUGUGUUUAAACCAAGAUUUUAAAGGGGCAGUAAGUAAUUAUUAUAACCUAUUUAAAUAAAGGUUAAUUUGAACAUAACUAAAGUGGUUUAAAAAACGACACUCCUAGAAUUAAAAAGCAGUGUGCAGAUAUACAAAUACACAAAUGUUUCUAAAUAUUUAAAAACCUGAACAGUGUAGAACUUUCUGCGUAAACUUCUAAAAACGGUUUUGUUCAACAUGUUCCUUAAUCAAGUGACUUUGUGAGAAAACUUCCACAGCUUCAGUCAGUGGUUAAAGAUUUUGGACGUUUUCUUUUAUUGGUCAUUUAUGUGUCAAACACAUUUCACGUGAACAUUCAGAUCUCUAUUUCAAAUGUUGCAGGUGUGAUUAUACGUCAAAGCCAGUAGAAAUGAAAUACUGACACAGGCACAAAGGUUAUAUCAAAGCACAAAGCAAAGUGAGUUAUAUAAAAUAUAAUCUAGAAACAUCUCAUUGCAAUAAUAUAUUUGGAAAGUAUAUAAAUAUGUGCAAUAGGAGAUUUGUAACAUUUUGAUGUACUGCCCCUUUAAAUCCAAAAUAAUGUCAGGUCAGGGAUCACGUCGAGCUUCUACUGAAAGCCAAAAUGAGACCACAUGACGAGCGUGUUUGUGUGAAUAUUGUGUUUUAGUCUAAAUAAAGAUGCAGCUCAGUAUCCAAAGUCUAAACUUAACGAUUCAGGUUUCCUCUGAUUGAUCUGCAAGUUGCCAAAACAAACAUGUCCUCUUGUGAUUAAAGUUCAUUUAAAUGAGCUUUUAUCCACUGUCUCAGAUUCGAGUUGUCAAAGCUUCUGAUACUUUUCUAAAAUGCAUUUAUUUCAUAGGACAGGUGCUAAGAGGAGGAAGGAGUCCUGCAAACUGUCUUCAUUAGAACAACAACAGAAAACUUUGGCAAUGUUCCCGUGCAAAAAUCAGACAGUGUGCACGAGUUUGCACCUUUGUUAUGAAAUAAACGUGUUCAUGUGCAAACUCCUUCACACUGUUUAAAAUGAACAAAAACAUUUGCAAGUUUUCGGUACCAAAAUGCUUGCCUGCAAUUUUUUAUAAAUGGUAAAUGGACUUGAGCUUAUAUAUUUAUUUUCUCGUCUUCUGACUACUCAGAGCGCUUUUACACCGCAGGUCACACCUACACAUUCACACACUGAUGGUAGAGGCUGCUAUGUAAAGAGACCAUCAGAAUAUUAACUAAUCCAUUCAUACACCUGUUGGCGGCUGUGGCUCAGUUGGAAGGUCGAGGGUUCAAUCCCCAGCUCCUGCAGCCACAAGACACUCAACCCCAAGUUGCUCCCGCUGCCUCUUCGGUGGCGUAUGAAUGUUUUUUGCCCAAGGAUGAAUCGGAGGGGGUUCGAUCCCAAGCUCCUGCCUACACAUCGGGCAUGUGUCUGCAGGAGCUGGGGAUCAAACCCCUGAUUCCUGUUGAGGGACGACCGACUCUACCGCUGAGCCACAUUUCUUAUGAAAUAAACGUGUAUACAAACAUUUUUGGACCAAAACCUAACCAAUGUUUUUGUGCAAUUUAGACAGUGUGAAGGAGUUUGUCUGCAGUUUUUAGUACAAGAAAUAACCCGAUACAGGAUGCCUGUAGGACUUCUAUUUUUGUUGCCGUGGUGAUGAACAGAUGUCGAUGUAGUUUGAUAUUUUUAGCGACGUAUUCAAAGUUUAACAAUCUGGAAUCAUGACGACAGAUCUUUAUCACAAAGGUUUCCUGCAGUGGAAUAAUGUUUUUAAAAAAAAGCAGUGAUGAGUUCAUGUGUUUAUUCCUUCAUGUGAUGUUGUUUAAAACUCAUCAGCUCUUGAGUGAUGUCACACAUGAAUCCACACUUUGUGAUUUAAAAGUAGAGCAGUAAAUGAUGUUUCUCACAUUCCUGAUUUUUAGUUCUAAUGAUGAAAUCUGAACGCCUGCUGAAAUGAUGAGUACCGUGAUGAUGUCAGGGAUUUGUAGAUAAUGUAGCUGCAGGAUAAAUUACAGGGAGUCUCUGAUCUGUCUCAACACUUCUUCACUCCUCGUGUUUUUCUUCUAUUCUCGUUUGUGUUUUUUGGGAAAAGCAAUAAAAAACGUGAGCGACUGCUUCCCGACACAAUCUGCACUUUAAUAUUUAUAUCUUUGUUUUGGCAACUGAGAAUUUCUAAAAAAAAAAAAUCCCUUUUAAUCUGAGAGAACGGUUUUAAAAUGUGACGCUGAUGUAAAUGUGUAAAUGUGAUGGAACGAAGCAGUGGUGUUGUUUUUUUUUUUAAACGUCUCAUCCUUUGUAAAAAGAAUCUCGGUGUACUCACAUUUUGUACUUUUCUGACGGCGAGGACAUUUAUUUUUGAUGUGACUUCUUUUCAGGUUUGUUAAUAGAAAACCUUUUUGUAACUCUUUGUGGAACCUUUUUGUGUAAGUUGUUGUACAGCAGCUUAAAUUGAAAUGCAUGAAAUGUCCCUUUAAUGUCGCCUUAACUGCUGUGAAUACUGUAAAUAUGCACUGUGUAUUUCUCACCACUUUAUCAGUAAAGACUGUUCAAACACAAA